AUGAUAUCACAGGCCAACAGCCUGUUGCUGCCGUUCAUAGACUCACUGCCGCUGCAUCAGAUAACUAAGACCGCGCUGACAACAAAGCUUGCAGAAAUACACAGUGAUUUCAAGUUCAAAGAAAUAGCCGUGCCGCUAACCGAAUCGCUGCAAGUGUACGAAAGGGCCCAGAGAGCGCAAGACCUGAGAACCAGUUUGAAGGCAUUGGAGAGCAUCGUCUAUCAAACGCAUUUCCAAUGGAACAAUCCCCGUCCAAGACAUGCUCGCCUUUUUCAGAAGCACUACCAUUUCCUGCUGAGCCAUUGGCCCUUUGAAAACCACAGGUCUCUGGUUGAUUCCAUUCCCGCACAGAGCGGGAAACUGGUAUCCAUGGCCUCAAAGGGCAACUGGCUGAAGACAGACUGGACCACGCUGUUUCAAGUGAGAAAUCCCUGGGUCCGCACACCACCACGACCAGCGUUGCCAUCACCUUCAUUAGUACAACACAGCAUGGCAGACCUCGACGCUUUCACCGCAGAGAGGACCUUUCUGGUCAAUUCCCUUGGAAACCACUACAAGUUCUUGAGAGCGAACAGUCAACUAAGCUACAACCAUAAGAAAUACCCCUCCCCUGGCGUCCAAAUCCCCAUUAGAAAUGCCCUGGGCGAGAUCUCCCCACCCAAGCAAAUCUCUAAACUCUUUGCAAGACAAUUGGCUCACAUUUACACCAGUCUGUUUGUGGAGAACCCGCCGUUAUCUGCUACGAACGAACUUGCGUUGAUGACCGUCUUCCAUGACGCCACCUUCGAGCGACGCCAUACAAGAUUCUACAUGCGUGCUUGUGCAAGGGCAUACACGAUUUCGAACGCCGACUCUACUAGUGAGCCGUUGACGUUUCGUUGCACCCACUGGGGCGACUAG